GGCAGAGCCAGCAUCCCCACCACGUACCUUCUCCCCUCCUUAUGAUCGGAUUAGGGCUCUGACCCUGCUCAAGGAUUCUCCGUUCCGCUUCCUCCGACAGAGCGGCAUGUCUUCGAAGCUCCGCCAACAUCCGCCAAGUCCAUCACUCCUUGACUCCCUUCCCGAAUCCAGCGUGGAUCCUCCCAAGACAAAAGAUGAGGUUGCCAAGAAGGAGCAGAAAAUCCAUCCCGAGGAGUCAGGAUACGUCCAUGUGCCGAAGACCACGCCCAGAACAGUGAAAUUCCUCUCUUCAGAGAGAUCUGCCUCCCUCAACAGCUGGAGAAUGACUGACGAUUCCGAGAAGCCGAAUCUGGUGGAAGAAUACACGAUGAUCGACAGGGAAAGGGAGAUGGAAGGCCCUAGGAACCAAGGAGGUGGAGGUUCGAUAUUGAAGAAGUUUUCCCUGAAGAAGUACCCUCCGGAGCCGAAACCCCCACGGACAAAACUGGGAAUUGGAAAGACAGUCGUGAACGGAACUAAUUCAAGCACUAGCACUGCCAGUACGACUGAGAGUAGUCUGACUGUCAACAACAUCAAGGAUCAUAUUAGCUUUUACGGCACUUCUAGGCUCCAUCAUUUUGUGAUUGUGGCAAUCGACUUCGGCACCACUUACAGUGGGUAUGCAUUCAGUUUCACGCGAGAUCCCGGCAACAUUCACGUGAUGAGGAAAUGGGAAGGGACUCUAAACGCCCAUAGACUCCAAUAUAAUAGUAAAUAUGAACUGAUUGGGACUCUUCUCUCCCGGAUCGCAGGCGACCCAGGAGUGAUGAAUCAGAAAACGGCUACAGCUCUUCUUCUAACACCAGACAAGAAGCUCCAAAAGUUCGGAUUUCCAGCAAGAGAGGCUUAUAAUGACUUAAACUCCAGGGAUGCCAAAAACUUUCUUUACUUUGAUCGUUUUAAAAUGAUCCUCCAUCAUGAACCAGUCCUCGACCGAACGACGUGCAUUGAAGCGGCAAAUGGAGCAAAAAUGCCAGCUAUAGAAGUUUUCAGCCUGGCCUUGGAGUACUUUAAGGAUCAUGCACUGCGGGAGAUAUCGGACCACACUGGAACAACUCUGGAGCCAGGAGAUGUUCGAUGGGUCGUCACUGUCCCUGCAAUCUGGAGGCAGCCGGCCAAGCAACUCAUGCGGGAAGCUGCUUACAAGGCGGGAAUGACGACACCGGAUCAUCCAGAAAGGCUUCUGAUUGCCUUGGAACCAGAAGCUGCAGCAAUUUAUUGCAAGGGGUUGAAAGUGUCGGACUUGCAAACAGACAAUGCGAGGUAUUCGGUCCCGUCGAGAAAGCCAUUAGGGGACGAGCUCGUCGUUCAAACUCCGACUCGUGGAAGUAGAUACCUCGUCGUGGAUUGUGGGGGUGGAACAGUGGACAUUACAGUCCACGAAGUCAUGGACCAGAAGGGGAAUCUCAAGGAAGUGUAUAAAGCCACUGGAGGAGCCUGUGGUGCAAUUGAGGUGGACAAGGCUUUCCUUUCUCUCUUAUCGUCCAUCAUGACCGCCGAAUUCUUGGCGAAAUUCAAAUCUGAGAAACCAGCAGGCUAUAUAGUUCUCAUGCAAGAUUGGGAAGCACGAAAAAGAAGUGCAUCGCCAGCCAAGACCACUCCGACCAACAUCCCCCUUCCUUUCGCCCUCAUCGACUCAUACAAGAGAACCGGUCAGCAUUUGGAGACUGCAAUCAGGCGGAAAGGGCUGAAGGGGGUUCGUUGGUCAGAUCAGGGGAUGCUUCGUCUGGAGCCAGAAGUCACGGCGUCUCUCUUCAGGCCUACUCUCGACCAACUCGCUCAGUACAUCCGGAAGGUGUUGGACGAACCAAUGGUGGGACCAGUGAAUUACCUGUUCUUGGUGGGUGGGUUCGCAGAAUCUCCCUUCGUCCGCCAGAGAGUCUUGGCUGACUUCUCGUAUCGAUGUCCCGUCAUCAUCCCUCAGUCAGCUUCUGUCGCAGUACUGAGAGGAGCCGUUCUCUAUGGUCUGGAUCCAGAAGUGGUGAAGAUGAGAAGAGCUCGCGUGACAUACGGUGUUGGAGUCCUGCACCCCUUUGAUCGCAACAAGCAUCCCUCAGAGAAGCGAGUGGUACACGGGCGAAAGGAGUGGUGCACGGACGUCUUCGAACCGUUUGUCCUCAUGGAUCAAAGCGUUUCCCUCGGAGAAGCUGUCAUGAAGACCUUCCUGCCUGCAAAAGAAGACCAAAAAUUCCUCGUCCUUCGCAUCUACAACGCCAACAGCCUGGACGCAAGAUUUGUGACAGACCCCGGGGUGAAGAUGUGCGGAGUAUUGCGACUGGAAUUAGGGAAACGAGGUUCCGACAACGGGUCAACUCCCCGACAGAUCCAAGUGAGAAUGAUCCUAGGGAACACCGAGAUCACGGCAUCCGCCUUGGACGUGGACACUGGCAGACACGUCGUCGCAGAGAUCGACUUCCUCACGGCUGAUACAUGAAGAUCUCAUUCCUUCCUCCGUUUACCAUUCUUUUUGUAAGAGGUAGAAAGCAUGUGGAUACGAUGCAUGACCGUCUCCCGUUUCGGAUGCGUGAUCCUUGAAUGCCACCUCCCAUUGCAAUAUUAUGAAUGCGGAACGAUAUUUUAGAGGCUGAUGAUCAGAUGGAAAAAUCUGCUCUUUUGAAACCAUUGUCAAAUAAUCGAAUGACAGC